AUGAUGGCGAGGCGCCUACACGCAUACCACUCGAAGAACGGCGAGGACAGCAUGGAAGCUCUGUCCGCCAAGCUCAGCGCAGAUCUUAGAGGCAACAUUCGGGCGCUGGGGGCGUUUCCUCUGCUCUCUGAUGAGUGGUGUAAAAUGGCGACCGCUCUAGGCAGGAUAGCUGAAAUAUCGGAGGCGGAGGAGAUGGCCUUACGCUACGUCCUGGAGGACGGGAAGCUCAACGUGUGUCUUCGGAACCUGUCUGAGUGGAGAAAAUUCCAUCGAAAUAGGCGUGACGGGGGGGGGCAGGCGGGCGAGGACGGACCGUUGGUGCUCGAAAGUUUGAACUCUUUCGAGAAGGGCAUGGGGACCGUUCUUCGGAACGCAUGGACCCACGUCGAGGCCCUCCAGACCACGGACAUCCCAUUGCUUGUGGAGUACGUUACCGGGGUGUAUAGGGACGCAGCAGACAACCCCGAUGCUGUCGAGGACAUGAGCUUGAGAGGAGACUUGGCGGGACGUCAGGAGAUAGUGUGCCUCAGCUACUUGCGAGGGCUGGUCUCGCGCCUGAGCGACCACGAGGAGGGCCGGGUCAUGCCACACCUCAGGGGAGCCGGAACCGUUUCCUGCCUGGCGGCAAUGCUGCACGCCAACCACCGGCACCUCGGUAUGGAAGCCGCGGCGGUAGGGGCGGAGGCUCUGGCGUUCGUGUGCGGCACCGAGGACUUCAUCACGUACCGGGAAGAGUAUAUCGACGAGGCGACGAGGGUCACGUUCGCGAGUCUCAAGGAAGAUUUCGUUGAGAAGCUGUGCGAAGAUUCCCAAGAGCGGAAAAUACUCAGGUUUGACCCCCCGUCGUUAAGCUUGGGCCGGGGAGAUGGAGCGCCGGGAGUGGCGGGGAGCGCGGGCGGGGGCGUUCUCUUUGCUGUUUCUUUCUAA